CCCCCCUCCCGACUGUCAGUCACUCUCUAGCUAGCUGGUCAGAUAGUAACGUUAGGACAAUGGCUGCAGCGGUAGAUACAGCACCAGGGGCACAUGGACAGGAAAAUAUAAGUGACGAUAGUCUGACGUGGGUUGAUGUAACAGUCGGAACACAGCUCAUCAAGGUGCUGAACUGGGAUGAAGGACGUCAGGGCAUUAUAACUUUGAGUGGGCAGCGUCUUUGGCCAUCAGCAAAGUUACUGGCCCUCCUGAUGCACCAUAACCCUGACAUCCUGGAAGGCGCCAAGAAUGUUCUUGAACUUGGAGCCGGUCUGGGAGUGGUGGGCAUCGCUGCAGCCAAGAUGGCGGGUCACGCCAAGGUCAUGAUCACGGACGGGGAGGACAGUGUCGUGGAGCUCUGCAGAGAGCAUCUCAGGAGGAACUUCGAAAAGGAUCAGCCUCAGUGUGAGAAGUUAUUUUGGGGCGAGGGUCUGGAGGAGUUUAAACAGAAGCACGGCACGUUUGACCUGAUCCUGGGCUCGGACGUGGUGGAGGGGGAGGAUUCCCUCCCGCCCUUCCUCAGUACCGUGAAGGAGCUGCUCAACUCAUCGCCCACUGCCAUGUGCCUGCAGACCUACGUGGAGAGACCGUACCUCCCGUCUAACCUGAUAGCUCGGGAAGCGGAGGCCUGCGGACUGUCCUACACCUACAUAGAGUGGGAAAACCAGCCCUGGGCGCACCAGAUGGUCCAGACGAAGGACCCGAGCAGAUGGGACAGAUUUUCACCCUUAUGGGCCAAGAUCAGGAUCAUCGCCUGGAUGAAACCGCUGUCAUCUUAAGCUAUGCAAUAUUUACCGUUUACAAAAUGUACAUCAAGAACACUAUGCAUUUAUCGAGCUGGCCGAACAUCAUGCAAAUGAGGACGAAUGCCAAGGUACGGUGUAGAACUUGUGGGCCACCUAAGAAACUGGCCAAUUUCAUAUCACAGUACGUCCUAGAUUGAAUACCAAGAUGAAAUGAAGAUAUGGAGUAUACAAACUAGCGCCUCCAGAUUCAACAUUUCUAUACACAACAUAUAACAUUAAGAAUGCAGUUGUACAUGGACAAGAUAGAAAACGUAGGAAAUUUAUUUGACCAUUCAUAGCAGAAACUCAAGAAUCAAAAUAUUUCACUAGAAUAUGUACAUCAAUGCUAGAUCUCUGUUCUUCAAAUAAUGCACUGAAAAUAUGUACAGCAUAUGUACUAGAUUGCUGUUCUUCAAAUAAUUCACAAAAAGAUAUGUACAUCAAUGCUAAAUCUCUGUUCUGCAAAUAAGUUCAACAUUUCCAAGCCAGUGUACUAUUUACCUUUUCGGCAAGAACGACUCUAACUGAAGGGAAACCGAUAGAGAUCAACAAUGCACCAACAAACGUAUGUAUAAGAUACAUCAAGUGGUUUGCACAUAUGUACAGAUGAUCACAAAAUGCCAACUGUUUCGUUUUGCCCUGCGUAGAUUAUUUUUUUGAUAUCUACAAGACUCAGUCUCCAACAUAUUCAAUAAACAUGACACAUUGGA